CCCCAUCACACCAGAGUGAAGAUGACAUGGUACACCACCAACUUCCACAACACUGCUGGGAUGGACACACCUAACAGGAAGACUCUGGCGUUCAUGUUGAUACUGCUGCUUGCUCAGCUGGGAUGUAGCGCGCAGAGUGUGUCUGAGUGCUGCAGACAGCCAGCGCGGUCCUGUCGCCUGCAGGUCCUGCUGUGUCGUUCUGGCAACAAGAGCACAGGAGGAACCAUCGCAGGAGAUGCAGCCGCUGGGAUCCUCACCCUGGGUAAACGGAACGAGGAUGAGCUGCAUUUGCAGAGCAGACUCCAUCAGCUUCUUCAUGGCCGCAAGAACCAAGCAGCCGGGAUACUGACUAUGGGGAAGAGGACUGCAGAGAGUCAAAAAUAAAAAAAAAACACAAUUGUAACACUUUAGCCUGUGUAAACAAUGUCCAUAAAAUGUUUAUAGAAAAUGACAUCUAUAUAUAU